ACCUGUCUGCGCGUGACGCAAGGGUAGUCUACUUAAAGCAGGAUUAGCGCCCUACCAACAUUACACUCAACUGCCCUCCAUUCAAGCACGGCGCGACCUGGCGUCCAGCGCUCGCCAUCGAAAAUAGGAGGGCUUUCUACUAAUCAGCACUCAGACUCGCGCGAGCAAAAGUGCUUGGGUUGUCAAGUGAUCUUUUAGCAGAGGCGCAGAAGGCAGAAGGCAGGAGCGCACGCAGCAGCGGCGCGUUACCAAUGCAUUCUCCAGAUAUUGGAGCAUCCGGAGUGUAAAACAAGGGAAACAAUAGAUUCCACAAGAACGGUGCACGGUGUGCUAUCAUCUCCAAAUGAAUGACAAUGGGGGAGUGGACAAUAUUAGAGCGUCUCUUGGAGGCAGCUGUCCAACAGCACUCUACUAUGAUCGGAAGGAUCCUCCUAACAGUGGUGGUGAUUUUCCGGAUUCUAAUCGUUGCGAUCAUUGGAGAGACCGUCUAUGAUGACGAGCAGUCCAUGUUUGUGUGCAACACCCUGCAGCCCGGCUGUAACCAGGCUUGCUACGACAAGGCGUUCCCCAUUUCCCACAUCAGAUAUUGGGUGUUUCAGAUUAUUCUGGUGUGCACCCCCAGUCUCUGUUUCAUCACCUACUCCGUGCACCAGUCUGCCAAGCAGAAGGAGCGCUUGGAGCGGGGGUAUUCCACCGUGUUCCUCUCCUUGGACAAGCGCCAAGAUUCCAUCAAAAGAGACGACAGCAAAAAGAUCAAAAACACCAUUGUAAAUGGAGUACUUCAGAACACGGAGAACUCCACGAAAGAAGCCGAGCCCGACUGCUUGGAGGUGAAGGACAUCCCAAAUUCGGCCAUGAGAACUAGUGGAAAGUCUAAAAUGAGGAGGCAGGAGGGCAUCUCAAGAUUUUACAUCAUCCAAGUGGUUUUCCGAAACGCUCUAGAGAUAGGGUUCCUGGUGGGUCAAUAUUUCCUGUACGGAUUCAAUGUCCCCGCGGUAUAUGAGUGUGAUCGAUACCCCUGCAUCAAAGAUGUAGAAUGCUACGUUUCAAGACCCACGGAGAAGACUGUGUUUCUGGUCUUCAUGUUUGCGGUCAGUGGCGUCUGUGUGCUCCUGAACUUGGCUGAACUCAAUCAUCUUGGAUGGAAGAAGAUCAAAGUAGCUGUCAAAGGCGUGCAGGCGAGGAGGAAGUCCAUCUACGAGAUCCGUAACAAAGACAUGCCUAGAAUGAGCAUGCCCAAUUUCGGCCGCACUCAAUCAAGUGACUCUGCCUAUGUGUAGCAUAUUGAGAAGGCCCAAGACAAGCCUCGUGGACACCGGUUGCGUCAAACUGUAUGGGUUCUCGCGGAGGGCCAUUCAUUUCAAAUGGGAGGCAAUCCACACCACUGCGACUCAUCUGCUGGACAAGGUUGUGGUGCGUUGGAUUUUUCCAACUGGUGUAUUGCUUUGCUGUGUGGUACCAGACACAGAAGUAGAUAAACCACCGAAGAAGUUGCAAAUAUGUAGCGUAUUUUUUUUGUUUUUUUUUUGCAUGCGGCUUAAGUGCGACAGCUGUGCAUUUCAGCACCACUGAACAGAACAAUUGUACAAAGAAUUAAAAUAUAUUUAACAAGAAUGUGGUGUAUAUUUUAUCACACCAACUUCGCUUGCGAAGUAGGUGGGGUAGAUCGAUUUUAUUUGUCUUUUACUGACAACUAAAAAACAAACGGACCAAACGUUUGUCAUAUAUUUAUGAGAAGGCACUGAUGCAACGUUUAUAGAUGAUGGUUUAGCCUAUAUUUUGUAAAGCGCUUCUUAGAAGUAUAUAAUGUAUGUGUUGACAUUCACUCUGUCGUUCACUUCAGCUGUUGAACACGGAGUAAAUACUUGCACUAUAUAUGAAUAAUGAGCCAAAAUAUAUCCAAUUUGUGCUGUGAUGGUGUUUUUAUGACAUUCCGCCGGAUUUAAACACCACAUACCAUUAUAGCAAUGAAACACACACAUUAUUUGGCAGUUUUUGGGUCAAAUGUACUCAAAUGAUAUACAUUCUUCCAGUAUAUUACUCAUCUCACAUCUUUGUUGUCAGCACUAUCGUUGUUUUGGUUGCCUGAGUUUGCACCAUUGACCUUAACCUAUGUGAUCACUCAAUUGGGGGGUGCUGCA